ACUUUGUCCCCCUUCAGCUUAUAAGGGGCUUUUUAUUGCGACUGAUCACAUUCAGGACUCAUUUUUCUCCAUAAAAUGUCUCAAUGUUGCUGAUGUCCAGUGGACCUUUUGUUUUAUUUUCCCCCAAAAUAUUAGGCCUACAUACCAAUUCCUAAGGAUUAUUUCCGGAUUUUUAUUAUUUUUGUAAUUUCCCCCUCUAAUUUUUAUCGAUUCUUUGGAUUUUUUCUAAACAGGUAGUUAAGUUGUCUCAUCAUGAAGCUGACGGGGAUAUUUUUGUUAUUGAUGCUUUGGACUUGUGAAGCGGCCAGAAUAGCAGAGAGUGGAGAAGACAACAGCGUGUACGACUUGUUCGAGUUGGUCCAAGUCCCUAAGAAGAACCACGGAGUGAAUCAGGUGAAAGGAGACGAUCCGUACAGCCCCGCCUACAAGAUCCUCAACCCGGACCUGAUCCCCCCGGUCCCCGAGCGCGCCCUCCGGGACCUGAUCGACUCCAUCCACGCCGAGAGGGGCUUCCUCUUGCUACUCAACUUCAAGCAAGCCAAACGCACCCGGGGUAGCCUCCUGACCAUAGAGAAGAAGGACGGUUCCGGUCCAGUAUUUGAAAUCGUGUCCAAUGGGAAGGCGAACACUUUGGACAUUGUUUUCUCCACCGAGAAGAAGCAGCAUUUGGUCUCCAUCGAAGAUGCGGAUCUCGCCACUGGCCAUUGGAAGAACAUCACGCUGUUUGUGCAGGAGGACCGGGCUCAACUUUACGCAGGAUGCGAGGAGGUCAACAACGCCGAGCUGGACGCGCCGAUCCAGAGCAUCCUGACCCAGGAGACGCCUGCAAGUGCGCAACUCAGGAUCGGGAAAGGUGCCGUGAAGGAUCGUUUCAUGGGGGUCCUUCAAAACGUGCGCUUCGUUUUUGGAACAAGCUUGGACGCCAUCCUCCGCAACAAGGGAUGCCAAAGUUCGCCAGAUUCAAUGAUCAUCGAGAAUCUUAACGGCUCCUCAGCUAUCAGGACGGAGUACACUGGUCAUAAAACCAAAGAUCUGCAGAUGGUCUGUGGCUUCUCCUGUGAGGACCUGGUCAGCAUGUUCAAGGAGCUUAAGGGUCUUGGUGUGGUGGUGAAGGAGCUGUCCAUUGAGCUCCGCAAACUGACAAACGAGAACAAGCUGAUUAAAACUCGCAUCGGCAUCCAUAGCGGAGUCUGCAUCCAUAACGGCAUCGUGCACAAAAAUAGAGACGAGUGGACCGUCGACGACUGCACCGAGUGCACUUGUCAGAACUCGGCAACAGUGUGUCGCAAGAUCUCAUGUCCCCUAAUUCCGUGUGCUAACGCAACUGUUCCAGAUGGAGAGUGUUGCCCACGCUGUGGAACACCGAGCGACUAUGCAGAGGACGGCUGGUCGCCGUGGUCUGAAUGGACCCAUUGUUCCGUGUCAUGUGGGCGGGGCAUCCAGCAGCGUGGACGAUCUUGUGAUCGUAUCAAUAAUAACUGCGAGGGCACCUCCGUGCAGACUCGGGAUUGCUACCUCCAGGAGUGUGAUAAGCGCUUCGAGCAGGAUGGCAGCUGGAGCCAUUGGUCACCGUGGUCCUCGUGCUCGGUUACCUGCGGGGCCGGUGUCAUCACUCGAAUCCGUCUCUGCAAUUCCCCAACCCCCCAACUUGGAGGCAAGGACUGUGUGGGAGAAGGUCGCCAAACGGAAAAGUGUCAAAAGUCUUCAUGCCCGAUUAACGGCAACUGGGGACCCUGGUCGCCGUGGGAUACGUGCACCGUUACAUGUGGAGGCGGAGCGCAAAUUCGUAAACGCCUAUGCAAUGACCCCGCGCCACAAUACAACGGCAAAGACUGCGUUGGUGACGGGAAAGAAACUCAGACGUGCAACAAGCAAACAUGUCCAAUUGAUGGAUGCCUAUCAAAUCCUUGUUUCGCUGGGGCCAAGUGCACCAGUUACCCUGACGGCUCCUGGAAGUGUGGAAAAUGUCCCGUCGGUUAUACCGGCAAUGGAAUCAAAUGUAAAGACCUUGAUGAGUGCAAGGAAGUUCCCGAUGCUUGCUUCGAGUUCAACGGUGUGCACCGCUGUGAGAACACAAAUCCCGGCUACAAUUGUCUUCCCUGCCCACCGCGUUACUCAGGACCUCAACCAUUUGGUAAAGGUGUGGAGCAAGCUGCUGCUACCAAACAGGUAUGCUCUCCUCGAAACCCAUGCCUGGAUGGAAGCCACAACUGUAACAAGCACGCACGCUGUAACUACCUCGGGCAUUUCUCGGAACCGAUGUUCCGAUGCGAGUGCAAACCAGGCUAUGCUGGCAAUGGACACAUAUGUGGAGAAGACACCGAUCUGGACGGUUGGCCCAAUGCUGACUUGGUUUGUGUGGAGAAUGCCACCUACCACUGCAAAAAGGACAACUGCCCCAACCUGCCCAACUCUGGACAAGAAGAUUACGAUAAGGACGGCAUUGGAGAUGCUUGUGACAUUGAUGAUGACAACGAUGGCAUUCCUGAUGACAGAGACAACUGUCCGUUCAUCUUCAACCCGAGGCAGUACGACUACGACCGCGACGACGUCGGCGAUCGUUGUGACAACUGCCCUUAUAAUAGCAACCCCGACCAAACCGACACGGACAACAACGGAGAAGGAGACGCCUGCGCCGUGGACAUAGAUGGAGAUGGCAUACUUAACGAAAAGGACAACUGUCCCUAUGUGUACAAUGUGGACCAGAGAGACACAGAUUUGGACGGGGUGGGAGAUAUGUGCGAUAACUGCCCUCUGGAACAUAAUCCCGAUCAGGUGGAUUCAGAUGAUGAUCGUGUGGGAGAUAAGUGUGACAGCAACCAGGAUAUUGAUGAGGACGGACACCAGAACAAUCUGGACAACUGCCCGUACAUCCCCAAUGCUAAUCAGGCUGAUCACGACAAGGACGGCAAAGGAGACGCAUGUGACCACGACGACGACAACGACGGCAUCCCGGAUGACAAGGACAAUUGCAGACUGGCACAUAAUCCCGACCAGCUUGACUCAGAUGGUGAUGGCCGUGGAGAUGCGUGUAAAGACGAUUUUGACCAAGACAAUGUUCCAGAUAUCUACGACGUGUGUCCAGAGAACUUUGACAUUAGCGAGACAGAUUUCCGCAAAUUCCAAAUGGUUCCUCUAGACCCUAAAGGCACUUCCCAGAUCGAUCCCAACUGGGUGGUUCGUCACCAGGGUAAAGAACUCGUUCAAACCGUCAACUGUGACCCUGGAAUUGCUGUUGGAUACCAUGAGUUCAAUGCCGUGGACUUCAGUGGGACCUUCUUCAUCAACACCGAGAGGGAUGAUGACUAUGCCGGCUUUGUGUUUGGUUACCAGUCGAGCUCCAGGUUCUAUGUGGUCAUGUGGAAGCAGAUCACUCAGACCUACUGGUCCAACAAACCCACAAAAGCCCAAGGCUACUCUGGCUUGUCAAUCAAAGUGGUCAAUUCCACCACUGGCCCAGGAGAACAUCUCAGGAAUGCCCUGUGGCAUACCGGGAAUACCCCAGGACAGGUCCGCACCCUCUGGCAUGACCCUAAGAAUGUCGGAUGGAAAGAUUACACCGCCUACAGAUGGCAUCUGAUCCACAGACCAAGAACGGGCCUUAUCAGGGUUGUCAUGUACGAAGGAAAGAAGAUCAUGGCAGAUUCUGGUAGCAUGUAUGACAAAACAUAUGCCGGCGGCAGGCUAGGUCUUUUUGUCUUCUCCCAGGAGAUGGUUUACUUCUCAGACCUCAAGUAUGAGUGUAGAGAUGGAUAAACGCACAGCGCUAGAUGUUCUGAGGAAUGCACCUUUUAGUAGUAUGAACUAUUUUUUUAUUCUCUCAUUAAAUCCAGGGACUGAAUUAUCUCCACAAUGCUUUCUUGUGCAAUGCGUGCAAGGGCAUGUGGGCGGCCUUAGGGGUAACGUGAAGCCGCUUUGGGCCCAAAACCAAAUGGCUGAGUACCGUUUGAGGAUCAGAGUGCCCUUCUCCUCCACCCUUCCGCGAGAGUGGGGAAAGCUGGAGAGAAAAAGGAAAAUAUUCCCCUCCCUCCCUCCCUCCCACCUUUGCCUGUAGGACACCGGCACCUUUCUGUCCCAGCUCUCCUUACUUUCUGAAAGACCUCAUUCAUUUCUGUGCGACUCGAGCUCCCCGUAGACAACUAUGCACUUCCAAACUUUUUUUUUUAACAUCCUCUCAGCUUUUUCUCUUCAGCCUUCCUCACCUUCUCACCCUCCAGAUGGACAUCCCAAAGAAAAGACUGAGUAUAUAUAUAUUCCAUUUGCUUUACCAGGUUGCAUAGAUACUUUUGGAGGACUCAGAUGAUGGCAGCAGUAACAUUUUAGGAAUCUGUUGUAGUUUGCGUUCAUGCUUGUGCGUACCUAAGACUCCAUGAAAACCCAAGAAAAGGAGAAAUGUUAUCCAAAAAUCAACAUAGUACAAUAUGCAAAAUGGAAUUGUGUCAGUCCUGAAUUGUUUAACAACUCUCAGGUAAAAUGAGCAUCUUGUAAAAAAAAAAAAAAAAAAAAAAGAAGAAAAAAGUCUGCAUUCCCUCCAUCAUGUCAAGAACAAGACUUAUUAAUUUCAUCUUUUGAGGUUUGAAUUUGGUAUGAUGUAAAUACAUGUAAUUUAUUGACUCUUGCCUACAGUGUAGGCAAAAAAAAAUAAUACUUUGAAAAAGUACAAAAUCGAUCUGAUAAACAGUAAGAAAAUUAGGAGUCAUCAGGUUUCAGAAACUGGAUGUGUUGCUCUUAUCAAAUCCAAAUUCGCAUCUCGCAAAUAAUUCUGGUUUGGUUUUGAUACAACUAUUUAGCAUGUAGCGAAACGAAUUAAAUGAUGUACAAAUAUUACCUCAUUGCAGUUGAUCAACACAAACAUUUAUUUUUCCUUGAAAGAAUUGUAAAUUGAAUAACAACCAGCUCCCAAAACGACCCCAGCAAGAAGGCCAGUAAAAUGGGAGAUGUCUUCUUCUUCUUCUUCUUUUUAAUUAAAGAAUAUUUUUGCUUUA